AUGCCAGCUGGCGCCAAGGCUCAUUCAGUAUUCCACGUCUCCGUGGGCUUCUCCUUUGGUUGUCAUCCCCAGAAGGACGGAUCGGUUCGCAUCACCGUCAACUACAAGCGUCUCAACGCCCUGGUGGAUUUGGAUGGCCAACCUCUCCCUCGGGUGGACGAUAUCUUGGAUUCUCUGUACAUCGGGAAAGUGUUCUCCAUCUUCGACCUCAACUCGGUCUUCCACCAGAUCGUUUGCGAUGAAGACACUGUCCCGCUCACCGCCUUUUGCACUCCCACGCUCUUGUUCGAAUGGCUUCGAAUGCCGCAGGGAGCCAACGCAAGUCUGUCUUGGUUCGUCAAGGACAACCUCAAACUGUCUCCGGGGAAGGCUCGCGUCGGCGCCACACACGCCAACUUCCUCGGUCACAUCAUCUCUCCGGCCAGUGUUAGCCCUGAUGGCGUCAAGGGUUCUUCAAAGCUGCGACAGGACAACCUCAAACUGUCUCCGGGGAAGGCUCGCGUCGGCGCCACACACGCCAACUUCCUCGGUCACAUCAUCUCUCCGGCCAGUGUUAGCCCUGAUGGCGUCAAGGUUAGGGCGCUCACGCACAUGCCGCCGCCGACGAAUGUUAAGCAGCUUCGGAGCCUUCUCGGUGGACUCAGUUACUACCAGAUAUUCCUCAAGAAUCUCGCCACCAAGGUGCGGCCUCUCAACUCUCUUCUCAAACAAGGCGUUCCCUUCAAGUUCACCCCGGGCAUGGUCAAGGUUGUCAAAUCGUUGCUAAGCGAAUUCGCUCGUCCCCCGAUUUUGGUCUUCGCGGAUUGGGCAGCGGUCGAGGACGACAGCCGUCCUCUUCGUUUGUGUUCCGACGCGUGUAUCGACGGCUUUGGCGCCUCCUUGGAACAAGAACAACUCGAUGGCUCGGUGAGACCCAUUGUGUACGUCAGCCGCGCUGCUCUUCUUGCGGAGCGUAACUGGACCGUUCUAGAUCUGGGGGCUGGUGGCAUUGUUUGGGCCAUCAAACGCCUUCGCGGUUAUCUGUGGUCGACCAAGUUCAUCAUCUCUUCGGACCACAAAGCCUUGGAGAGCAUUGGUAAGGUUGGGGAACACAACGCUAGGGUCCCGCUCGACAAACAAGACCACCCGGACCGCCGCGCGUCUGCUGCCGCCAUCCGCAACGCCGGCAUCAGCGUUUCCGCCGACUGCUCUUGCGCCAUCGGUGUCUUCGCCGUUAGCGGCGCGCCCUGCAUCCCCGACUUCGCCUUUUCUACAGGUUUCGCCCGGUACUUCGCCACUCACGAUGUCCCCUUCGCGGACGUCACCCGGGAGUGCGGCUGCCCCAGUCGCUGA